AUGAACGGCUAUCUUCUGUGCAUUUUGCCAUUGUUCGCUUUACCGAACGGUAAGUGAAUUGCCGCUUGAAUUUCCAUUAAGUUCUUGCGAUAGUUAGUUAGUUAGUCUGGCAAGUUAUGGUAAUACUUGAAUUAUGACCCAGUUAUGGCAAUUAGUAUACAAAGGAGUUUGCUUGGACAUAUCUGAGUGUUGUUAAGACUCAGAAUGGCAAUUGAGCCAAAACUGGUUAUCUACACCUGAAACAAAAUGUCAAAAAAAGCGAUUGAACACAAACUAAUCAAAGGUUAGUUUCCACCGUUUAAUCUAAUAAUUAAUGGGUGCGGAUCUAAUCUACUGAAACGGCAGCAAAUGUAUUUAUAAACAGCUCGCGUCUGUAAAAUGAAAAGUAACAUCUCAUUGUUUUACGAUCUGUGGCUUUUUCUCCUUUACUUGUCUUAAAAAAACUAUCUUAAAGCGAUCACACUCGUCAGCGAAAUGCGUCCAAGAGGAAGAUAAUCGGUGUGCGCGAUAGAGUAUGGUUGUUAAUAAGCUCCGUUUAUAAGGAUUGCCGAUCUACAUGGCUUUGAUUGUGUAAUUGUAGACCUGUAUUAUUUAGUUUUCACAUAAACCUUGGUCUCCACUUGGGGCCCACGGUUAAGUAGUUGAGUGCCCAGGAAAGGAAGCAUGUCGUUCUUUUCUACCUCUACAGUGAAUUUGGCCUUUGGCGUCAUAAAGACUCCGAAACAUCAGUCCACAUCGCUAUCUAUUACGUGUUUAUGUGUAACUGAAUUAUUGAAAAGGAAAUGGGAGAUAUUUCCCAGGUUUAAGGCUUAGAAAUUUGUCCAAUCCAAAGUCACCUUGGAUGUUUGGUCAUAUCGUGGAGGUCUUUCGUCAGUUCGGCCAUUAUCGGAAAAUUUCCGAGUAACACUUCGGCCUUUUAGGUCAACAUAAUCAGUUUACAUUAGCCGUGUUGUCGAAGUUCAAUUCCCGACAGCAGUGCUUUCACUUGACGCUCUCCAAGAUGAACGGCAAUCCUCUGUGCAUUUUGCCAUUGUUCGCUUUACCAAACAGUAAGUGAAUUGCCGCUUGUAUUCGCAUUGAAUUCUUAGGAUAGAUAGAUAGUUUAUUCAGGCAAAUUAUGCAUGGCAAAGCUUUAAGUAUGGCAAUGUAUGAAGCGUUGGCAAAACGAUUAGGAGUCUUGUUAAGGCUCAGAAUAGCAAUGUAGCCAAAAAAGUAAUCCACCGUCUAAAAAAGCGAUUGUAAACAAAGUAAUCGAAAGUCGAUUUUCGCUGUCGCGCUGUUCAACGUUGGUUUUUUUUAAGAAUGAGUGUGAACUUUGAAUCUCACCGACUUCACGGGUGUAAACUGACACGGAAUAAAUUUCUUUUUAAAGAAUAAUUUUAUUUAACCACGAUAAAAUAUUCAGCAUAGCUGGUGAGUAUGAACGGCUUACGUCUGUAUACUGAAAAGUUAGAUCUGUAAGAUAUGGUUUAGUUCUGUGGGAAUCUUGUAGUAAUUGUGAUAUAUUCGGUUCAAUAGAAAGACUUCACUGCAGGGCAGCAAGAAUUGUAAUUAAUCUGUCUAAAGACUUAUCAUAUGAACAUCAUCUGACGUCCUUAGAUAUGACCGGUGGCCUACACUUUUUUUGUAUUAUAAAUUAGCCAUCUUCAGGCUUUUUUACAAAGGCUAUAGUGCCACUGUCCCGGACUCACUGUCUGAAAAUAUCCUUAAAUGUCGCUAAAAUGGUUACUCUGGUUAUUAGUAUUCAGGUUCCAAACAAGAUACGUAAAAGACUCACUCAAAUAUCGCGGUUCUAUGUUAUGGAACACUGUUUGCUACCAUAAACAAGAACUUGGACGCUCAAGUCUCAAUAAUCUAAAAAACGCCUACUCGCCAGAGACUACUUUAAGGAAUUCUAAUUUGACAUACUUUCCGCAUCUACUGCUCGCCUUAUACAUACCGAUUUUUUUUUUAUUUAGAAGUCAUAUUAUAUAUCAUUUUCUAUUUUCAGAUUCAAGUUAUAUUUACACAACGUGUAAUUUUCCUUUUUUUGUCACACGACCCCUCAAACAUGUAGCUUAAAUAUUAUCGCGUAUAAAUAAAGGUCAUAAAGCACAAGGACCAAACUGCAUCAUUUCGAUUCCACUCUCCACAGAAAACCGACAAAAAAAGUCAUUACGUUCUAGUGAUAUCGUUGUUGUUGGUUAUUAUCAUCAGCGCAUCCGUAAAAGAUUGCCAUGUUAAUAUGCAUCUUUCAAAUUCAAAUAUGCCAACUGACAAAAUCUUCCCAAACAACAAAAAGAGAAAGUGCCAUUAGCAGCGAAUCGUCUAAUAAGAUAGAGAGAUAUCAACGGUUUGAUUACCGGAAAAAAUAAAAAUAAAGAUAAAAAUGUGCGAAUCUUAAUCCUUAUGCUCUCACAUCUUUCGCGAGAACGUAAUUUACAAAAACAAAUGGCGCGAUUUUACGCCGUUAUUGAUUCCAAUAUAAGUAAGAAAUAGCUUCCCAAAUAUAGUUUGUACUCUUCGUCAAUCCCUCCGUCGAAUAACUGAUGGGCAUUGUUUUUAUCACGAAUUUUUAAAGACAAAGUCUGUUGUCAUCAUCUUUGUGGGUUUAUUGGAUCGAAAAUGAAUGACAAGUCACGCCAUUACCAUAAAAUAAUCAUUUAGGGUCCUCUCUUUUCCUCCCUCGAUAACGAGGUUGAAUUAUGUUUAAACCAAGUCGUACUGGAUCAUUGAAUGACAAGUCACGAUAAAAUAAUCAUAGAUAACUUUUGGGGAUCAAUUUGUCAAAUAAUUCCAUAAUAAUCUUCUUUUCCCUUCUUUUCAGUAGUUCUGGCCAUUACCUGCUACACUUGCACACCAAACCCGCCGACUGUGGCAUGCACAACACUGGGUGAUUUGAAUGUCACCGAUUGUAACGCAGAUCCGAAUAUACCAUCAGGCAUGGCUGACGUGUGUUUCAAAGUGUUAACUGAAGUGAAAAUGGGACAAAUGGGACAAAUGACCAUGAAUAUGUUUAGCUGUGGAAUGAAGGUAAGUAAAACUAAGAUUUCGUCUCGUCAUUUCGGCGUUAUCACAGCGUGAGAGUAGAUAAAAAAGGAAGAAAAGCGAAGCGACUGUUUCAGUGGAUGGAGUGGAGGUACAGGGAGCAUAGCUAGGGGAGUGGUCCGGGGGUUUGGUAUAAAUAGGGGGUGGUCCUGUGGUGGCGCUUGGAUAUGGUGUGGUCCGGGGGUAAUGUGACCCUUGUCUAUUUCAGAUAGGUUUGGCUUUCGGUCUAUUCCAUAAAAAUAUUCUGUAGUUCAGGUUCGCGAGAACGUGCUUACCCGAAGAACUUUUAUAGCAAAGACCCUAUAAGGUUCUAGGUACCCCAUCUACCUGUCCUUCUUACCGCGUGAGCUCAGAUGAACUCGAGCUCAAUGAUACACAUGAAAGAACAGCGGUGUAGGCCACUUUCACGUAACAUGCGCAGAACUACGCCUUUGUGAUGGUGUGGAACAAUUUCAAAACAGUCGUAGCUUAAUUAAGAAUUUCGACACGGUUUGAAACUGUUCUGAAAUAAUUUAUUGUGCAUCAAUCUGGGCAAAGAGAUUAAUCACUUGUAAACAAUCAAGGUUCUCGCAAAAAAUCUCGUUGCAAUUAAACAAUUGAGAAGCGCGGAUAAGUGUUUCAAUGUAAGAGCAAGGGGUGGGAUGGGGAGCACAAUAAUAAUUUUAAUCUAACAGGUUGCGAACAAACAAGUUUGUUUUAUGAUAAAAUAUUUUCACGAUGAUGGGUAGUGACACGAAAGCUUUGACUGUUUCUUCCCCCUCUCUUAGCUGACUCCUUAAAAAUGUUCAUAAAAAAUCACUCUUUUCGACUAUUGUUGUCAUUUAUUUUCUUUUUUCUUAUUUCAAUCUUUACACAGUCAAUGUGCCAAGACCUCCAGGCAAAGUCUUGCAAUGCCUCGCAACUGCAACCUGGAAUGACCUUUAAAAAAUGCGAAGCCACGUGCUGUGAGCAGAGCAAAUGCAACGGGCUUGCAAACAGCACCUCGCCAAGUGUAAACGCCUCGCCAAGUGUAAACGCCUUGCCAAGUGUCAACGCCUCGCCAAGUGUAAACGCCUCACCAAAUGGCCCGGCAACUAGUAUUCCUGUAAAAACUACGGCCACAGGAACCCCACCAAAACCUACCAGUGGUGCCACAGCAUACAACAAAGUUGUAUCAUUCGCCACCAUCUUUACAAGCGUACUCUAUGUGCUUUUUUUCGUGUACUGACUUUGAGCAGUGAUCAUUGUAAGAGUGCUAAAAACAAAGCUAACCAGGUGCUAGAAUGUGUUUGUUUUGAUUUGCUUUUUACUAUUUUAAGACAAAUAAUUUUGUUUCGUAGCCGAUCAGAGUUCCCAUCUUUUGCAACUACUCUACAUACACAAAAGUGAUGGGCUCCUGACAUACAGUAUAAGUGAAUUAGGAGACCACUCGCUGGAUUCCCGCCUGUAUCAGAGUUAGAAAAGUCCAGUAAAUUGCACAGAACUGUUUUUAUUGUUAACUUUAAACAGAACAGAGUGAGUCAUCCGCAGCCUUUGAGUAACUAGAACACAGAUUUCUAAAAGUGAUGAAUAUAAUCUAAACUGUAAUAGGACAAAGAUAAAGAUGAAACUUUCUUAUCAAGUUGUUUGCUUAGAAAGGGUUUAUGUAAAUGAGGUGCUUAAUUCUGGUGUCUGUGUCUGUUUAGGAAGGUCACUUUCAGUGUAUAAGUAUAUAAUAUAAGUUUUUGUUUUUGUUUUUGUAUGUUUAACAUUAUAGUCAAUAGUUCUUAAAGUAUUUUAGUAUAAUUUAAACACGAUUCUUAGGAAGACCAUGUAAAAUGAUAUGAUUUCGUGUAUAAAUAAAGAUUGAUGAAGAUGA